AUGAAGAAGACCGAGAUCUCGCUGAUAGAUGAACCUCGUAUACUGCUAAACCGGUUAAGAGAUAAUUACAUCCUUCCAGAAGACAAGUAUCAGGGCAUACUUAAUACCACAGGGAGAAAGGAGAAAAUCAUCACUAUUUAUACAUUUUUGUGUUGGUUGAUAGACAAAAACCCAAAGAAAGUCCAUCGCUUCUGGGAAUUAGUACUUAAAGAGGAAGUUGUGAGAUUUUACCCCCAACUGGCAAAACUUAAAAACAAACUUUUAGAAUCUUUUAAAGAUGACUGCAAUCGGAACACACGUGCAGGAAAUGAAGAAACAAAUUCGACGUCAGGUAUUAAUGGUAUCCCUAAUGAUCAGCUGCUGGUCUUUUUUCAUGAGAAGAAAUCUGAUAUCUCGUUGAUGGAUGAACCUCACAUACUGCUAAACCAGAUAAGAGACCAUUUGUUUAUCUCAGAAGACAUGUAUCAGGAUAUAAUUAAUACCACAACUAAAAUAACGAGAGUUGAAGCCAUUUAUGAGUCCUUAGAUACACUGGAAAGAACACAAGCAAAGAAGAUCCGUCAUUUCUGGGAAGCACUAUUUGAGGAUGCUAUUGUGCGAUAUUACCCAAAACUCCAAAACCUUAAGGACGAGCUUUUGGAAGGUGGCAACAUUUCAAAAGCAAAUACAAGUUUUCCUGAAGAAAGGGAGAUAACAGGAAGCAGCUUUUUAGAAGCAGAUACAAGUAUUAUGAACAACAUGGAGAUGACAGAUGUGAUACUCAUUGACAGUGGUGAAGAAUCAAGCAAGAGUGACCAUUCUAAUUCCUCUGAUCCAGUUUUUUUAAUCGUUGACAGUGAUGAAGAAGCGAGCAGCAGCGGCCAUUUCAAUUCAUAUUCUCCAGAACCACCAGUUUUACGGAAAUACUCUGACUCCGUGACUCCUAACAUUAGUAAGCAAUCGCUAGGAUCUUCAGCAGCGAAAAGUGUCAAAUAUAAACCCUUAGUUAUUGAUAGUUAUGAAGAAGAAAGCUUCAUUUGCUGUUCCUCCCCAAUGGAUCAAGAAUAUAUACCUUCAUGGCAAAAGUCUGACUCUGUGAUUCCUUUUGUUGCAGAUAUUCAGACAGUUGAAGAAGUAGGCAACAGUGAAAAUGAUGAUGACCUUAAGGAACAAGGUGAACAUUUUUGUCAAGUGUCUGACUCGGAGACUCCUGCCAUUGGCAAGCGGUCACUACGAUCUUCUGCAAUGAAAAGUUCCACGUAUAAAUGUUCAGAUCUUCAUGUUAAAGAAAUACAAGAUAGUGCACAACUCGGACAUAAUUCAGACAUAAUUCAUAAACUCUUAAUGAGUGACGAGAUUCCUGUCAUCUGUGGUAACACAAAAGGAGUCCUCAACAAAAAUAUGAUGGCCACUAAAGGCUCACCCUGCAUAUUUUCGCAUAAUAAAUGGAUGUUUUGCUCUGAAUUUGAAAUACUAUCUGGAUGUGAAAGGUUCAAACACUGGAAGAAAAGCAUCUUCAUCGAUAUGGAUGAGCUAAAGAAAAAAUUGGGAGGAACAUUUGAUGACCUGGAUGAACGCCUAAGGAUAUCACUGGAUGACGUGAUUAAGCAUGAGGGGGUACCGGCAGCUGAUUCAGGUUGCACAGGUGGUCCAGCUCCUCUAGGAUGGUACAUCCAAACAUGCUGUUGCAAAAAGGUUUGCUGUGACUCCCAGUACAUUCUCAAGAACAUGGAGGAGAUUCCAGGCUGUUACACGAGGACAGCUGGCCAGGGCUAUAAAAAGGCACCAAACCAGUAG